AUGCCUCCUCGGACUAACCCUGAUCAUGGUAGCCCUGGACGCUCCCGAACCCCGCUGAACGUCUUCCGAACUGCUCCUUGGAUUGAGCAGUUUGACUCUAGUCCUGAUACUCCUCCGCACCAGGUCCCUGAACCAACCCCAGCUGACGACAACAACGAAGCUGCUCAGUUCCUCCUUGAAGCAACCGAGGCCGACAUCCCUGACACCCCUACUUCGGCUCGUCAGCGCCGCAAUGCCAUCCAUGCCUUGCUCCCGGAGCGUCCCUUUCAGGAUGUCGACUCUCACGCCUUCAACAAUCCUUGGCCCAAUGAGCAGUCCCAGAACCCUGGUCAGCCUGAUGUUUCCCACCGCUGCUCUCAUGACCUAGUUUAUCCCUGCUUUUGUCGCAACAAGGUUGAGCAACGUGGCUCUGUAUGCCGUAACUGCCGCGCCACCCGCUGCUCUGUGAACCGCCUCCUGCGCAUGGGCACUGUUGAUAUGCUUGAGUUGGAACUCCAGCGUGAGAUUGCCCGUCAGCGUGGUGCUAAUCAGUUCCUGUCGGAACUCCAACGCGCUGUCGCUGAUGCACAGCGACAUGAGGAGACUAGACGUAUGCUCGAAACCAAUGCCUCUGGAAAUUGA